AUGACUAAGCUGGAAGGCCACCUGGAGCGAAUCAUCAACGUGUCCCACCAGUACGCAGUUCAGGUGGGGGACUUCGACGCCUUCUGCAAGGGUGAGCUGAAGCAGCUGAUCACAAAGGAACUUGACAACACGAUCAAGAACACCAAACAUCAACCCACCAUUAACAGAAUAUUCUGAGAACUGGAUGCUAAUUUAGAUGGACAGGUCAUGUUUAGUGAAUUUAUAUCCCUGGUGGCCAGUGUGCAAGAGACUGGCCAUGAGAAUAUCCACAAACACUAG